GAAACCGCAGAGGUCAAUCUCUCGACCCAAGCUCAACAUCCCACAAGCCACAAAGACCCCAGGCCGCAAAAAUUGCAGUCGACACCAUCACAUAAAGGUCUUCAUCCUUCAAUAUAAUUGUGUGUUGUUUGCCUCAGCGAGUCGCUCCUUCCUAUAUUGAUCAUUCUGUAGAGAAACUGCAACAUGGGUAGCAAACUCUCCAAACCUUCCCAGGACAGUCCUACAGCUGGCAACGCUGCCAACAAAAAGGGAAAAGACACUUCGGCCAAAGAGCUGAAGAAAUCAACCAAGAAAGCCAAGAAGGAUCAGAGGAGUGUAGCACCAUCGCAAAAAGCAACAGGGCAUGGUGCACAUCCAGAGACUCUGAUAUCGGAAGGUGGUGGUAGCAGCAAUAUCAAUAAGGCGUUGGAGUCCAAAGGUCCGAACAAAAAGGGGAACCAGGCAGAGAAGGUCAACAACAGUGUAAAUGCCAGUACUGUUUCAGCGCCACCCAAAGAGCUCACGACCUCAGAAGACCAGAAACAGACAAAGACCGCCAAAAAGAAGAGCGUGAAAAGUUGUCCGGUUUCAAAACCACUCCAAAAGUCCAAAAAUGAGCCCCAAGUGACCGGAAAGGUGGAGCAAACUGGGAAAGACAACACCGCCCCGUCCAAGAAACUGAAUGGAUCAAGCCAACCGGCCAAAAAACCAAAGAUACCCAGCAACACUGCAAGGGGAGGAGCUGCCGCUGCUCCAUCCAAAGAGGGAUCGAGCCACCAGACCAAGCCGACAAAGAAGGCUAGCGUAAAAAAUAGCACCACUACCUCUGUUGUGGCUUCCAAAGGCUCAAAGACACCCAACAGCAAUGCUAGUAGUAACAACAGCACUGCCUCUACGACACAAAAGAAAUCCAAGAAGAGCUCUCCAGCACCCAAGCAAGUCAAGAAGAGCCCUCCAACACCCCAGCGUAGCUCCACUGCAUCCACGGCAUCGACACUGACCAAUUCAAGAUUGUCCACUUCUAGCGUAUCCGAGCAGCAAAACUCUUCGGCAGUUGCAAAGGAGUCUACGACCAGUGUCGCCACUGCGAGCAACCCUACCGGAAACGCUACAAAGGAGGAGGAGAGCCAGCAGCAGGAACAAGCACCUCGAGUGAGCUUUAUUACACCGGAACCCAAAGCAACCUUAAAGAAGCAGGUUCCGCCAGCUGUUGCACUCGCGCCAAGGAGGACAUCCGUGACACGACGAAGCACCACUCGCAGUAGCCUGUCUCACAAAAGGAAGGGCGGCAGUAGUGCGUUCAUGAUGGAAGACAAAGAUUUGGACGUGUCUGGAUGUGCCAAUCCAAGGGAAAGCAGUGUAUUUCAAGUCGACAAAAUGGAUGGAAGCAUUGUCCUGUUAUUUGAUGGAAUGGACAUGUCCAACAAAUCGACAGGAAUGUCUCGGCGGCGCCGAAGUAGCGGUUCGAGAAAUAGCAUGCCGCGCAAAAAGAAUAAGCCGGGCAUGCUGACUCGAAUGAUGUCCAAACGACAACCCGUCGGUGAUGACGACUCAUUGAAGAGGCCAGCGGGAGGCAAUCGGCCAGGUAUGCUUGCCCGAAUGAUGUCCAAACGGCCACCUCAAGGAGCAGGAGGAAACGCUCUCUACACCUUUACGGAAGAUGAUGACUCGGACAAGCUCGUCCCUGCUGCGAGUAACAAGUCAAAGAAACGGAUCUCGAGCAGCUCGCUCCGGAACUCUCUUACCAACUCUGUUGCAAGCGUGAAAGCGUCCGUCUGGUCCCUCUUCAGCUUUCCAUCUCUGGCAGAUCGGAACAGCUCCAACUACACCCCCAUGAAUGUCCAGAAAGCUCUCAAGGCGGCCCCCAAAUCCAAAUGGAUGUUGGAAAAGGUGAAAUUCUCUGGUCAGUUUGAUUGCAAUGCCAUGGGACAAUGGGAAGAUAUACAUGGAAAACGAAUCGACAAGGGCAUCAAGAAAUUCACAGCCCACCCAGAAAAGUAUGCUGGCCUUGUGUUCAACACCAAAAUGAGAUUUGCCCACAACACAAAGACUUGUGUCUACACUCUCAUUCACCGAGAAGGCACCACCCUGAUCAAGCCCCAGAAUGUCAGCGAAGAUGGUGACAUGACUUUGAUGAUGUACAAGUAUCGUCACUUGACGCCCAUGCCCAAUGAUACCUUGCCACUGGUCAAACAGGAUGCUUACACGUGGGACAUGAAAUACAAUGGACAACUGCUCCAUGAUCGCGAUAAUCCUCCCCUGCUGCCGGGCCGUGGCAUGGGUGUUGGCGAUACACCCAAUUUGAAAAUAAUUGGAGACAUUGAUCCUGCUGACAUUACACAAGGUUAUGUGGGGAACUGCUGGCUGCUGUCGGGCAUUGCAGCUUUGGCAGAGUUUGAUGGUGCCAUCAAGAGGCUGUUUCGCAAAACCAAGAACCUGGAUAGCAUGCCAGGUGAUGGCCCCAACCUUUACACUGUUUCUCUGUACGAUCUGACUACAUGGAAAGAGGUGGACAUUGUAAUUGAUGAAUCCCUCUGUGGCCAUCCUGACAGGCAGAAUGAACUGCUGGGUGCUCAGAUUACGGAAGAUGGUGAGCUAUGGGUUAGCUACUUGGAGAAGGCGUUUGUUGUCCAUUGUGGAGGUGGAUGGGAUGACAUUGAAGGUGGGCAUUGUACUCAUGCCUGGUCCAUGAUGACGGGAUGCAAAGAGCAGUACUUUAUUCGCAAGAACUAUCAUACAGGCAAAUACAACUGCUCUGCCAAGUAUGACAUGUUCACCAAGCAGUGGAAAGAGCUGCAGAACCAACCCCGACACAAGGACAUGGCUGGUUUGGAGCCCAUUGCAUGGCCCAAGGUUGGUGGUGGUGGUGCCAUGGGUCUGGAGAUAUCCCAGGAUGAGUUGUUUAUGAAGAUGUUUGCUUGGGACCAAGUGGACUACAUUGUGGGAGCCAGUUCCAAGGGAACUUCGGACGAUGAAGUGGCCGAUGGAAUGGUGCGCAAUCAUUGCUAUUCGGUGAUUGAUGCACAUCACAAUGUUGCUGGAACAGGCAUUGACCUUUUGAAGGUCAAGAAUCCCUGGGGCCAUGGAGAGGUGGAGGAAGGCCAGUUUGGAGACACUGGGUGUGGCUGGGAAGACUACCCUCAGAUCAGAGCACUGCUCAAUCCAGUGGUAGCAGAUGACGGCAUCUUCUACCUGACCAAGGAAGAGUUUUUCGAGUUCUUUGAUCACAUGUACUUGAGCGCCUGUAGUAUGACACAAUACAAAGAGGACUAAUGCCAAACAGUAGGCACCAAUAAUGUAUUACUAGUUUUUUUAAAACUGUAUGAGGCAGCUAAAUCAUUUCGGAA